AUGGAAAUACCUCAGAAAGUCUCCUGGUGUCCUCGUAAGAUUCUGCAAGCUCGUCACCUUGCUCUUCGCUUUAUUAAUUAUGAAGUUGGGUCGGGUUCUCUCUUCUCGUUUUGGCAUGAUCCAUGGGUUGAUGGAGCUAGUCUUCUUUCUAAGUGCCACCCCACCAUCAUUUCUCUUGCUGACUCUAGUACUAAUGCGCUUGCUGGGCAGUACAUUCUCAAUGGUUCUUGGAAUUUACCUCCAUCAAACCACCUGGACUUGAGAAACCUUAGACGUAUUGUGAGUGCUGUUCCUAUUCGUGGUCGUGACAACAUUAGUUGGAAUAGUUUAACUGGUAACAUGGUUCGUGUUUCUUCUAUUUGGAAUUCGAUGCACAUGCUCCCCUCUCCUCCUAUGUGGACUUCUGCAGUUUGGCACCCUCUUGCGAUUCCGAAAUGCGCUUUCACUCUCUGGCUGGCCCUAAAGGGGAGACUGCUCACUAAGGAUAGGAUGCAGCGUUUCAAUAUGCAAACUGAUCUUAAGUGUGAGCUGUGUCACAAUGCCGUUGAAAAUCACAGUCACAUCUUUGGCUCUUGUCCAUUCAUUGACUUUAUUCUUUCUGGUCAUAGCUUUCAAUUUACUGGUUGUUGGGAAAGUUAUGUUCGUGGGAAUUUUUUACUUGGGAGACCACAGGGUAUUAGGAAGCAGUUGGGUGCUCUUUUUAUUGCUAUUUCCAUUUACUUGGUAUGGCAAGAGCGUAAUGCUCGUAUUCACAACAGAGCCCACCCCACUCCUGAAAGCAUUAUCAGAUUCAAUGCCAAGCGUAUGCUCCGUGAAAAGCUACACUCGUGCCAUCAAUUUCAAAAGGCUGUUUUGAAGGACAACAAUUUAGUUAUGGACUUAUAUUAG